UAAAGCUAAUUUGCGGUUUUUUUUAACGCUGAUCUGAGAUCAGUUUUUGUGCUUUUCCUAACUCGAUUGACGUCACGACCUGGGUUAGAGGAGCUGAUCCCAGACCAGCAGGAAAACCCAGAAGCCGUUUGCGAGUCUUGGCGGUUUAUUUUGAUUGUGAAUUCACACUGAAAAUGUAGCUGCUCUUGUUUUAACCGACACACGAUACAUUUAAAGUCCUGCACUUUCGUUCAUUUGAUUCUUUUUUACAUUAGAAAGCGAAGUUUAGGUGUAAAAUGAACGAAGAAGCGCGGGCUAUUUUACAGCGGGUUUUAAGAAGACUCCCCAGCAGAAAGACCCAGAGCACUCUGAGAGCCUGGGGCUGUUUAUCCGCUCAGCAGCUCGAGGAUCUGGACUACACUCAACCAAAAUGGCUGCUGUUGGAGAAUUUAAUCUCUAAAUGUGAGGAAAGCAGGCUGCAUUUAAAAGACGUGACGAAGCUGGAUAUGGUCUAUCACAUAGAGAACCCUAAUCAAGGAACAUGGCAUGCCUUUAAACUCACUGAAGCAGAAGAUGAAGCCCUUUCUGUGGAUUUCACCCAGUUUAAGGAGAUGUUCGUAGCUCACUUAGAGGAAGUCGUCCAACACGUAUCCGUCAGGAUAAAGAAACUGGAAGACGGCGCUGUGUGGAUCCGAAUCGCAUGGGGUGAUAAUUUCAACAAACCCAACCACCUCAAGCCAACUUACGCUGUUCAUUAUCUCCAGACUCCCUACGUGUUUAUCCUGAAUCUCGCCGCCAAGCACAAGCCUUUUCUGUAUCAGGCUUUAGUUCUGUCCACCAGACACGUGUCCAUAAACGAAGCUCAUCUGACUGGCAGAAGCCUCACGGCCAUGCGAGACCUGCUCAUGAAGCAGUAUCAGCAGGUUUUCCCAAACCAGGAAAGGACCUUAAAGGAAAGAAACGCACCUCCUUCACAUCCCAAUAUUGAUAAAGAGCAUGCUGAGUUUGCUGAGAGAACACAUCAGAUGGCCUGUGAGGCUUUCGGUGACGGUGCAGUGCCAAAACUGGAAACCGCCGUGUACAAGCUUGAAACCAGGUACAGAGGCAGCAACAACAACACACUCAGUGAUAGAGAUGAGCUCUUCAGAGGCGUGGUCAGGUUCUCCAGCCCCAACCUCCUGGAGUCUCUACGGCACUGUGUGUCCACCGGCAUGGCAGAAGGUCCCGUCACUCCUCUCUUAUCCUCCAUCACACAGAAAGGAAGGAACUACUUUGUGAUCGCUGAGAAGGUUCCAGGAGCCACAAGCCAGACGCCUGCACACAAGACUUAACGUGAUUUACACCCGAGUGCUCUUCUUACAUGAGCCGUUCCAGUGUGUUGGUGUUCUUACAGUGUUCUUAUGUGGUUUUUUUACACUUUAAACCCCGUUCAAUUGUUUAUUUUUAAUUUUACAAGGUUUUAAAUAAAAGUUUUAAAUGUUACAAUGUUAA